AUGACGGAAAACGCAAAGUUCUGGAGCGAGCUGUGGCCCGAGGACCCGGAGUAUGAGCGGCACCAGCCGCCGUGGGCCGCCCAGUGGAAGCACCUGCGUCUGAGAGGGCUCCCGGUGCCUUCAACCGACAGACUGAAGUUCCUCUUCAGGGUCUGGGACGGGGAGGUCGGAGGCAGGAACCACGCGGACGUCUUGGCGCUGGUGGAAGGCAUCAUUGCGGACUCGAAGGAGAGCGAGAGCGCGGGCUUUCGCCUUACGAUGGAGAUCUUGGCGCGACACAUUGAGCAGGACAGGUGGUCGUUGUUGCAGGUGGAGUGUGCGGUCGAGACGACGCAGGAGCACGCCAACAGAUGGGGUCGGUUGACUAAUGCAGCAAAGCAGGCGGAGGUGACCAAGAUGUGGAUACCCUUUCACUUUACAGAGUGCUUUCUAUCGGCGCAGCAUUGCCUGGGGAGGUCGGGUGUGCUGAGGGAUGCGGCGGCGGUGUUUCAGGUGCAAGGCGGCGAUGUCCCGGUGACGGAACUCAUGCUGCACUUUGGCUGGGAUUCUGCCGAGAGGAACUUGGACAAGCGGCUUCGGGAAUUUAAAGCACUCCUGUGGAAUGCUUCGAGCGCGAAUGAGCACGCGCUACGUAUGCUACAGAUCACGGGGAGAUGCCUGACGGACGCGGCGUUUUUCGGUACGCUGUGCUCAGCUUUUCCGUUUAUUGGAUCGUUGCAGGACCUUCGCGUUGUGCUACCGCCGGCUGUUCGAAGCGAUAGGAGGACUUUGCUGUGGAUAUGGCUCGCACUAUCGAUCUUCCAUCCAGAGUCGGGGUCCAAGCUGCAGCAUCUCGAUCUAUCGCAGCUUGAUGUGUCGGCUGAAGACGUCAAAUUGGUUUGUGGCAUCAAGAAGCGACGAUGGUCCUCUGUUGCGUUCGAAUUGCUGAUGGGAAGCCCCGGUUUGCAGAAUUCGUCACUACCAACACGCGGAGUGACAAUGGCUUUGGUGAAAAGUUAUACCAGAGUUGAACCAGAGCCGAUACGUCGAUUAUUCACAAAACCUCUUGUGACGCUGAAGAAGGACGAGGAAUUUGUCGUACUCUCCCUAGAAGAAGAUUGGGUUUGCGUAUGGCUACCCGGUUUCGGACGCGGAUUCGUGAAGCGCCAGUCUGUUGUAUCCAUCUCCACACGUUCGAGUGUUCUACCAUCGGGCGAGUCUGGCAUCACUUCCCUCAAGCUAAAGACAGUGGAUAUAUCGGCGACCUUAGCGCUGCUGCGAGUAAUUGGAGGCCAUCUCGAGCGAUUGACGCUGAACUGCGAGGCAUUCACCAACGCGCACUUCAACGAAUUGCUGGAGUGUUGUCCACACUUAACCCAAUUAAGUUUACGAUCGGGGAAACUCGAUGACUUUUCUACACUGAUGGAAGCCUCGGUUGCAGGAACCUGUAAGGUUUCCUCCUUACACAUCUCGUCCCGAAACGUUACGACAUCAAGCUUGGAAUGCUUGGCAAAAAUGCUUUCAAGUCCAAGUCUGGCUAGUGCAUCCCGUCUACGGGAGCUAUACUUGCAAACUGGUCGACUACAACGAACGGACUUGGAGAUUUUGCUUGGGCUGCUGAAAUCGAAUCGUACGCUGAGCUGUUUGCACAUUAAGCUUGCGUUCAACCUGUUCGAUGAGUAUAUGCCGCGCUUUUUGGCCCAUCGCGGCGAUUGGCUGCGAGGAGGCAAAGAAGCCAGGAAGAAGCUGGCAUUCAUCAGCGCCAUGGACUCUCCUGCACUCGAGGACAGUGCAAUGCAGAGGACUGAUGCUGUUAUGUUAAGCAAGAUCUUUGAGUUUGCCUGUGACGGGGAGAGGAGGAUUUUGCUGGACGAGUAUACGGACGGAAUGACUCUGCAAGAAAUCGUGGCGCGCGUGGAUGCAGCCGAACGGUGA